AUGGCGGCCGCGGCGGACCUGAGCGGCGGGCUGGAGGCGGUGGCGGUGGCGCUGUGGCCGCCCGGGGAGGCCCCGCCGGCCUUUCAGUAUAGCCCAGACAACGUGGCUGGAGCAGACGGAGACGUUGACCCCACUGAAAUCACCUUUCCGGGAUGUUCUUGUCUUACCAGCUCCUGCGUGGUUGACAUCUGCUCAUGUCUUUGCCGUGGUGAAAACUACAACAGUUUGUGCCUCAGGCCUACAGACAAAGAGGAGGAGUACGCCAGGCCUGUUUUUGAAUGCAAUGCCAUGUGCCAGUGUGCUGAAUCCUGUCAAAACAGGGUUGUUCAGAGGGGUUUGCAGUUCAGACUUGAAGUAUUCAAGACGGAGAAGAAGGGGUGGGGUCUUCGCGCUCUGGAAUUCGUACCUAAAGGAAGAUUUGUUUGUGAAUAUGCUGGUGAAGUUUUAGGCUUUAAUGAGGCACGUAGAAGAAUUCAGGCCCAGACGUCAAAGGAUUCGAACUAUAUUAUAGCGGUGAGGGAGCACCUCCAUAGUGGUCAGAUAAUGGAGACAUUUGUUGACCCCACGUACGUUGGUAAUGUAGGCAGAUUCCUGAAUCAUUCUUGUGAACCGAAUUUAUUUAUGGUGCCAGUUCGAGUUGACUCAAUGGUGCCUAAACUGGCACUUUUUGCAGCUACUGAUAUUUCUGCUGGAGAGGAACUUUCAUAUGAUUAUUCUGGAAGAUUCCAUAAUCUACCAGUGACUAAUAGAGAACAAAAACCUUCAGAGGAAGAGAACAGAUUAAGAAAACCUUGCUACUGUGGUUCCCGCACGUGUGCUUCCUUCCUACCUUGGGACAGCUCCCUCUUUUCCACACCGGACACUUGUUCAGGGAGCUCUCCAUAGCUUUUUAGUCCCUAAGCACACCUAACAAAUACUAUUUUCUCUAGUAGUUAAAUUGCAGUUAAAUAAAACUCCGAUUGUGUAUUGCACGAAGAAAGCACAUGUGGUUUUCAGUAACGGCUAGAAGACAAGAUCUUGAGGAUAACUUCAUGCAACAUCCUCAAGACUGUUUUCAAGGUGGAGGGUAUAAUAUGAGGGAGCACUGGAGCUUAAAGAUGUUCCAAAAUCAGUUACUAAGCCAUGACUGGUGUAUUUUUCUUGUUCUCUUCUGACAGCUUGCUGUAUGAUAAAGCACCUCUCUCAGU